AUGGGAGGCAAAGAUGUCUGGGUGGAAGAUCGAGAUGGUGAUGCUCCCCUGGACGUGAUGGCAAUCUAUCGCUCCUAUGAGCCUGAGUACCGCCGAGAUGUUGAGCUGAAACUACGCCGGAAAAUCGAUACUCGGAUUCUACCUCUCGUGGUUAUCAUCUAUCUGUUCAAUUACCUGGACCGCAACUCCAUCACCCAGGCUCGUCUGUAUGGACUUCAGGAGGAUACCGGUGUCAAGGGAGCGCAAUACCAGACUGCAAUCUCCAUCUUCUCCGCAGGCUAUAUCAUAAUGCAGCUCCCGUCGACUAUCCUGAUGACAAAACUACGUCCUUCCAUCUACCUGCCUACUUGCAUUAUUGUCUGGGCCAUCACUAGUGGAUGUACCGCCGCCGUUCACAACACCCCCGGAUUAUUAAUGGUUCGGCUUUUCCUCGGUUUCGUGGAAGCCCCUUUCUUCCCUGGCGCUAUCUAUUUCCUUAGCUGCUGGUACACAAAGCGGGAAAUUGGUGUCAGAAUGGCGCUUCUGAUCUGCGGUAUCCUUCUUUCCAACGCCUUUGCUGGAUUGAUCUCAGCAGGAAUCCUGUCUGGCAUGAACGGUGUCGGCCACUUGGCAUCCUGGAGGUGGCUAUUCAUUAUUGAAGGGCUUGCCACGGUGGCUGUCGGUGUCAUCGCCCUUUUUGUGUUGCCAGACUUUCCCAGCACUACGAAGUGGCUUAGCCAUGAAGAAAAGGUGGUUGCUCAGGGUCGUCUUGCUGCUGACGCUGGUAGCGAUUCCUUGCUGGACGAGGAAAAAGUGCCCAUCACUCGCGGAUUGAUCUGGGCGGCAAAGGAUCUUCGGACUUGGAUGUUUGCCUGCCUUCAGAUGGCUACCACUGCCUCCAUUUCUUACUCCCACUUCUUCCCCACCCUGAUCAAGCAGCUGGGAUUCAAGAACAGUACUACCGUCUUGCUCCUAACCUCGCCACCUUACCUCGUUGCAUUCUUCUGGGCUCUCUCGUGGGCAUAUGUGGCUGAUAGGCGUCAGGUUCGCUCAAUGCCGGCCGGAGUAUCUGAGUGUCUUGCCAUGGUUGGCACAAUCCUCCUUAUCGCCAUUAAAGACUCCUUCUGGGCGCGCUAUGGAUUUACAUUCCUCGUGUGUUGCGGUACAUUUGGAGUCUAUUCUACGACCUACGCAUGGCUAAGCUCGACAAUUACACAGCCACCAAUCAAGAGAGCUAUCGCUAUUAGACAUUGA